UCGCAGCGGAGAUAAAGCGCCCUAGCUGCAGAAAGCGAGCGCAGGAGCCGGUGGGCACCCAAGAGAGCCUCCCAGGCCGGGUGCAGGAGCAAACGAGGAGCGAGGGAGGGAGAAAGGGAGGUGGCGGGCUUGAGACGAGGAGAGGCGUGGAGUGGACACUUGGGGAGGAGGAGCCGGGCUCAGCGGCCCGAGAGAGACCGGCGAAGCUCCCGCGCAGCCGAGGGACCCUAGCGCGCGGAGCAUGAGCGGCCGGCCGGCUGGAGAGCGAUCGAGGGAGACCGCUUGCGCGCCGCCCUGAACGGCGAAGCCCUGUCGGGUCGGCGGGUGCGGGGUUGCCGGUGCUUGGGUGGCCGGCCGGGCGCAGAGCCAUGGGGAGCACCCGCGCCGCGCCGCUGAUGCUGUCCCUGCGCCCGAUCAAGCUGCUGAGGAGGCGCUUCCGGCUGCUUCUGCUGCUCGCCGUGGUAUCGGUGGGACUCUGGACUCUGUAUCUGGAGCUGGUGGCGUCGGCCCAGACCGGCGGGAACCCCCUGAAUCGCAGGUAUGGCAGCUGGAAAGAACUGGCCAAGGCCCUGGCCAACAGGAACAUCCCUGCUGUUGAUUCAAAUCUCCAAUUCUAUCCUUCCCAGAGGCUGUGCCUUAAGGACCAAGAAAUUUCCCGAAGUAGGAGUAGGAAUAGUAGCUACUUGAAGUGGAACAAGCCUGUCCCCUGGCUUUCUGAGUUCCGGGGCCACGCCAAUCUGCAUGUGUUUGAAGACUGGUGUGGAGGCUCCAUCCAACAGCUCAGGAGGAACCUGCACUUCCCACUCUACCCCCAUAUCCGCACAACCCUGAGGAAGCUGGCGGUGUCACCCAAGUGGACCAACUAUGGUCUCCGCAUAUUUGGCUACCUGCACCCUUUUACGGAUGGGAAGAUCCAGUUUGCCAUUGCUGCCGAUGACAACGCUGAAUUCUGGCUGAGUCGGGAUGACCAGGUCUCAGGCCUUCAGCUGCUGGCCAGUGUGGGCAAGACAGGAAAGGAAUGGACAGCCCCUGGAGAGUUUGGGAAAUUUCAGAGUCAAAUUUCCAAGCCAGUGAGCCUAUCAGCCUCCCGCAGGUACUACUUUGAGGUGCUGCACAAGCAGAACGAUGAGGGUACCGACCACGUGGAGGUCGCGUGGAGACGGAAUGACCCUGGAGCCAAGUUCACCAUCAUUGACUCCCCCUUCUUAUCCCUCUUCACAAAUGAGACCACCCUAAGGAUGGAUGAAGUGGGCCACAUCCCACAGACAGCAGCCAGCCAUGUGAGCUCCUCCAAUACGCUUCCCACGGAUGAGCAGCCCCCAGCAGACAUGCUGCGGCCUGACCCUCGGGAUACCCUCUACCAAGUGCCUCUGAUCCCCAAGUCGCUUCUGCGCCAUGUCCUGCCUGAUUGUCCCUAUAAACCCAGCUACCUGGUGGAUGGGAUCCCACUACGGCGUUAUCAGGGCCUCCGCUUUGUUCAUCUCUCCUUUGUUUACCCCAAUGACUAUACCCGCCUGAGCCACAUGGAGACCCAUAAUAAAUGCUUCUAUCAAGGAAGUGCCUAUAAGCAGGGCAGGUCCGGCUUCCAGGAGUAUAUCAAGUUGGACAAGCCAGAGAAGCAGGGACCGGAGCAGCCAGGUUCUGAGGAUGGUCUUCUAGAAGAAUCCCAAUAUGGAGACGUAGCAGAGGAAAGCCCUGUAUCCCGAGACCAGGAUACUGGGACACAAGGGAGAAAACCAACGACUACAUCCCCGCCGGGGCUGGGUGUCACUGACUACCACCUUCGGAAGCUCUUGGCCCAUCCACAGAGUGACUCAUUGGCAUCUUUUCCCAAGCAGAACUCCACACCUCCCUUUCCAACCAGGACAAAUGACAUCCCAGGCCAGCAACCAGGAAAAGGGAAGGGAAAAAGUGCCCCUGUGCCCAGCCAAGAUUUGUCUCAUUCUGACAAAGGGAUCCUGAGGAACCUGCCUCUCAACCAGAGAGCCAGGCCCACUGGUGACAGUCCUGGAAAGACUCUGGAGCAGUCCCAGUGGCUGAAUCAAGUGGAGUCCUACAUUGCUGAGCAGAGACGGGGUGACAGCAUAGAGCCCCAGGUCGCCAACAACGGCUGGCAUGGAGGGGAGGAAGUGGUGGUAACAGCAAGCCAGGAAGGAGAAGUGGAGGAAGAGGAAGAGGAGGAAGAAGAGGACGAAGAAGAUAUGAGUGAGGUGUUGGAAUUUGUACCUGUGUUUGACCCGGUGGUGAACUGGGGCCAGACCUUCAGUGCUCAGAACCUGGACUUCCAAGCCCUGAGGACAGACUGGAUUGAUCUGAGUUGUAACACAUCAGGCAACCUUCUGCUUCCGGAGCAGGAGGCCCUGGAAAUCAUACGGGUCUUCCUGAAAAAGCUCAGCCAGAGGACCCGGGGGAGGUACCAGCUGCAGCGCAUCCUGAACGUGGAGAAGCGCCAGGACCGGCUGCGUGGAGGGCGCUACCUCCUGGAGCUUGAACUCCUGGAAGGCCAGCGCCUGGUGAGGCUCUCAGAGUAUGUGUCCACCCGAGGUUGGCAGGGAAGUGACAUUGCUGCUGGUGAGGACACAGAAACCCGGAACCUGCAGGGCCUGGUCUGGAGCCUCCAGAGUCACAGACAUGUACUGAAUUCCCAGGAUCCAGAGCCAAAGCUAUGCUGGCCCCAAAAUUUCUCCUGGAACCAUCGAGCUGUGGUCCACUUUAUUGCGCCCGUGAAAAACCAGGCUCGCUGGGUGCAGCAGUUCAUCAGAGAUAUGGAGAGCCUGUCCCAAGUCACCGGCGACCCGCAUUUCAACAUCAUUAUCACAGACUAUAGCAGUGAGGACAUGGAUGUUGAGAUGGCUCUGAGGAGGUCCAAGCUGAAGAGCUACCAGUACCUGAAGCUGAGUGGAAACUUUGAGCGUUCCUCAGGACUACAGGCUGGCAUAGACCUGGUGAAGGACCCACACAGCAUCGUCUUCCUCUGUGACCUGCACAUCCACUUCCCGGCGGCAAUCAUUGACACUAUCCGCAAGCACUGCGUGGAGGGCAAGAUGGCCUUUGCCCCCAUUGUGAUGCGGCUGCAUUGUGGGGCCACCCCACAGUGGCCCGAGGGCUAUUGGGAGGUCAAUGGAUUUGGACUGCUUGGCAUCUACAAGUCCGACCUGGACAAGAUUGGGGGCAUGAACACCAAGGAGUUCCGAGACCGCUGGGGAGGGGAAGACUGGGAGCUGCUGGACAGGAUCCUGCAAGCAGGCCUGGAAGUGGAUCGACUUUCCCUCAGGAACUUCUUCCACUACUUUCAUUCCAAGCGGGGCAUGUGGAAUCACCGUCAGAUGAAGAUGCCAUGACGCCCAGGGACAGCUGCUCACAGUCCUUGACUCGCAGUUGGCCUCGGGGAGGGAAUAUGAGGAGCAGAAGCCUCAGCACUAAUUGCCCUCUCCACCAGGAGCUGUCCCUUCAUGCAGGGACAAGUGCCAUGGUUCCUCUGCCACUCACCGGGUUGACAGAUGGAAUGGCUUCACAGGAUGGGUGGUGAGGUCAAGAAGAAAACACCUGAUUUAACAGAAUACCAUCGUGUCCACAACGGUGCUCCUCACGGGGAGUGUUGAUCGUGAACCAGAAACUUCAAUGGAACAGAUUUUAUUGGGGGUGGAGGUAUUGGGGGUGAUAAUUUUUAGCAGAUAAUGAAGACUUAUGUCUAGACCCAGCACUGACUGGGAGUGAAGCUGUGCAUUGCAGACCUCAGACCCACUGAGGUGCCGGCCCUAUGUGAAGUACCUCAGCUCCAGGCCCAGUCUGUGCCUUCCAAACACAUCCUUCCUGGUAGCCACUGAAGGGCUGGCCACCAACUGGGUAUGAACCCAACUCCUACAGAUAGAGGUUUCUUUAGUGGAACCCAACAUUGGUGGCAUCCUCCUUCUGCAACAGGGUGUGGGAUGGGAGCACAUGGGCAGUGGGCCCAUUUUCCCGAGUGUCCAUCUGGGCUGUGGAACCAGCAAGGCCAUGCCCCUUUGACUCACCUGCCAGUUAAGACCUGGAGUAAUGGGGAGGUGCCACCAAAGGUGACAUGACAGCCCAUUAACUGCUUAAGUGAGAAUGUGGGAGGGACUCAAGCCGGCAGGGACAGAAAGGGAAGAAAAUGUGUACUGUAAGUUAGCACUCCUGUGGCCUUGCCUUCCUGCUGAGGGAGCGCCAGCCUCCAGGCCCUGAGGAGAAGAGGUGAAACCUGCUAAGGGGCAGAGUGAGGUAUGGGGAGGCAAGGCCAUGGGCAGGAAGAACUGAAAAAUGGUUAGUUUCAGGGACAACCGCCCCUAACCUUUUCUGUCUUUGGCUACCCCUUCCGUCCCCUGAUGUCACAUACUUAUCUUGCACUAACAGUCCCCAUGCUCCGUGGCUGGGACUUUGUAUUGCUGCUGCUGCUGCUUCACCAGUGGUGCACUGGACGCUGGGAAUUAAACCCAGUCUGUGAAGAGGGUCAGCGCAGCGUGUUGCUGCUGCGAGAAAGGGCUCCACUGGGCAGAGCCUGCCCUCCAUGCUGUGAAUCAAAAGUGCAGCAUUUGGAGCUGCAGGACCCACGCGGCGGACUCUGUGAGUGCCAAGAAGGUUUGGCACGUGCGAAGUGGAGCAAACCCACUGGGCCUUGCCUUUAAGCAGUCAGGAGGGCAGGGUGGUUCUGUUAAUGGGUUGCGGCUUUUUCUCAUCCCUGCCCAGGCCUUCUGCUCUUUAGAAAAGGCACAUAGGAAGUAGGCUAGGGCUGCAGUUGGGCAGCCAGAGUGCCAGGCUUCUCUCUAAGGCCUUAGGUUCUUGGAAUUGUGCUGGGAGGCCAGAGCCAGUCCCGAAAGCCCUCCUGCUGUUUCUGAGGACCGGGAGCCCUCUGGGCCUUCCCCAGCCUGCUCAGCACCUCCUGCCCAGGUCUAGUGCCUUGUGUUUGAUACCUGUUACCUCCUUACCAUCUGCCUUAAGGGAAAGGAAAAUGCUGUGGGUGGAGAGAGGGAAGGCGGCAUUGAAGUCAGCAUCUUAGGGCUGCUCUCCUGUUUCUCAAGAGUCCCUCAGCUGUUUGCUCCAUGACAGGCUAAGGACUACCCCUUCCCUGCUUUCUGCCUUGGUGCUUGCUGACAGAAAGGACAAAACUGUGUUGCAGUGUUCUUGGGAAGACCACCACACCGUCCUGACCGUGUCUCACAGUCUCAGCAGCUCCGCCUUGUGGAGGUCACGGCCUCAGCUGGAGGACAAUCCCCCAACCCCACCUGAAGAGGGCCAGCUGGAGCAGUGCAGCUGUAAUCCAGCACUUGGGAAGCUGAGGCAUGAAGAUGAGGCCAGCCCAGGCUACCUAACAAGACCCUGUCAAAAUGAAUGAACGAAUGAAUUAAAUAAACGAAUGAGUUAAAUAAA